CUCUCUGAUUGGACAACGUGUGUUUACGUAGCAACGGUCCGGAAGAUGUCGCUCGGGCCAGUCCUAAAAAACUUCCGCCUUAAGUUGUAAAGAAAACACAGCAGCUAAAAGCCAAUCGACGGGAAAAUCAUCUUAUUUAAGAAGUCAGCCCAAAGGCUCUUAUCUCUGGAACUUGCUUGGUUUCUGAGUGUGUGUGUGUGUGCGUGUGUGUGUGUGUGUGUGAGAGAGAGUGAGUGUGGCUGAGGAGCAGUUUCCUCUUCAUCAUUUUGACAAGAGCUACUCCUCCACUGGAGGAUGACAAUGGAGGAGAUGAAGAAUGAAGCGGAGACAAACUCCAUGGUAUCCAUGACGCUUUACGCUGUGAUGUAUCCCGUUUUUAAGGAGCUGGAGAGGAUCAACCUAUCGGCAGCUCAGACGCUCAGAGCAGCUUUCAAGAAGGCGGAGAGGGAGAACCCUGGUCUCACACAGGACAUCAUAAUGAAGAUCUUGGAGAAAAAGAACGUUCAGAUCAACUUCACUGAAUCUCUGCUGCGCAUGGCGGCGGAUGAUGUUGAAGAGUUCAUGAUCGACAGGCCUGAGCAGGAGUUCCAGGACGUAAAUGAGAAGGCCAGAGCACUGAAACACAUCCUUAGCAAAAUCCCAGAUGAGAUCAAUGACAGAGUACGCUUUCUACAAACUAUCAAAGACAUAGCAAGCGCCAUAAAAGACCUCCUGGACUCGGUCAAUGCUGCCAUUAAGAGACACCAGUACCAGACUCGCAGACCCCUGGAGCACCAGAAAAAGGAGUUUGUGAAGUACUCGAAAAGCUUCAGUGACACCCUCAAAACAUACUUCAAAGACGGAAAGGCAAUAAAUGUCUUCAUCAGUGCAAACCGGCUCAUCCACCAAACCAACCUCAUACUGCAGACCUUCAAAACAGUGGCCUAGCCCGCGCAGUCCACUACCCCCCUCCCCCAGCUUGUGGGGAGCGUGUGCUAAAGCAGCAGAAACCUUAAGAGCGCUUCACCCAUUUAUGUAAAUUAGAGUUGAUUUUAGGGUCGGGGUUGAUUUCAUUGGAGUCUAGAUUCCAGUUCAAUAGACUGAAAAGUGCCAUUUGUUUUCUCAAUGAGGAUUUUCCAGUCUUGAAAUGGAACUGAAUGGGCCCAAAGUCUUGGUUAAAUUGAUUUUAUUUGGAAAGUUUUAAUUUAUAACCCUGGUCUUGUUGGGAGGUGGUGAGGUGAGGUGUUUAUCAAAGACUAAUUGCCAUUUUUCUAAUAUAUUCAUGUUGAUCAUUUUACUUUUAGCCUUUCAGUCACAUCUGAGACCCUGUUCAAUAGGAACGAGUCUUCGUCUUCUGUACUGGUUUCCUCUUCUCGCCUCGUGUUUUUUUUUUGUGUGUGUCAUUUUGCCACCGUGUGUUUACGCAGGAUUGGCAAGAAAAAUCAACAAAAAUGAAAAAAAAAAACACCUGGUUGCAGGUGAAAUGUUGCAAGGAGAAGAAACUGUGUUGGACAUUUGAGAGGCAGACUGGGAUUUUGUUUCUCGCAAUUAUCAGAAGACAGAACGCCAAAUUGCUUCCAGCACUGUGUGCGCCUUACAAAGUCCGGUAACAUUCCCUCCUCUCCGAGUGUAAUGAAGUGGAACCAGUCCAUGCUGUUAGGGGAUGUAGAGAGUUAAGAUUCUUCUGUAUUUAACUGAUAUCUGGUUGCAAAUGUUCAAUAAAUAGUUUCCAAAUGAA